UAUAGUGGUUUCGUUUUACAGUGCGGCCGUAAGAAGCGACAGGCUAGCAGAGUAGCAGAACCUGUUCGUAGCUAUGAUCGCAGAUGUAAUAACGAACAGCUGAGGGAGAUUAUCCUAAAUGGAAUCAGGGAAAAUCCGGACAAAGCCAUCUCUCUCAUCCACUCAGAGGCGCGAGCCAAACUCGGCGGCAGCUGGGCUGUGGUGUGUGCAUCAGAACCAAUGUCAUUCAUCACGCAAAGUCAACAAUACUGCCUAGAUGGACACGGUGUCACGUGGUGUAAUGCUUUUCUGGUGGAUUAA